ACGGAAGGUGCGUGGAUUAGUAAAUUCAGAAGUUUCCAAGUGAAGUUGGAAGAGCCAAAGCGACUGCUGCAUGUGUGAGAUAUAUUCUGAGGUCUGAGAAAUAAGUUACCUGCCACGGAGACAGGCAAAGGCUCUUGGGGGCCAUGUCUGGCGGCAACAGUACUAACAACAGCUGGACCAUCCUCACUUCUGAGGAAACUGUUGCUGAAACCCUGAAGCCUACUGCAGCAGCGACAGAGCAGCAUGGAGAGAGCCCUACAUCUGGAGCAGAUGGGCCAUGUUCUGGGGGAAAAGCCCAGCCUGCAAAUGAUACAGGAUGUGCAGAAGGACUCCCUGUGGAGAACUACCACAAGACAGUAUCGGUACGAACAGCAGAGCAAAGUGGAGGCUUGAGCUCAGAUCAACAGUCCUCUGCCCCCACUGCUGUCACUGAAACCCCCCUUCCUACCUCUGUAGAAGCCCCUGGUACGUUGGUCCGAGGCGGUGAUGAGGUCGGCCAGGAAGAGGGCCUACCUGAGGGCCCGGCACAGUUAAGCCCUGACCCUAAUUUAUCCUCCGACUCCAACACGCUAGUAACUCCCUCCCCUGAGGAGCCCCCAAUCUCAUUGCUCAGUACAGAGACUCUUGGGAGUGCAGAGUUUGCAGAGGCAGAGGAGCAGCAUCCACGAGAAGGAACACUGCAUCUGCAAAAUGGGGAUGAGCUACACCCAGAGAAGGAGGAACAUGACAAGUACUCGGCUGACUUAGGAAAACACACAGGCCUCCAUGAGGAGAGAACAGAGAAGACUGGAGAGCAGGGAGAACCGGAGGAGAGGAGGAGGAGGAGGUCGCUGUUGGAGCAGAUUGGAAGGAGAGAGGAUGAAGACGAGGAAGAAGUGGAAGAAUUUCAGGUGCCACAGCGAGAAGAUGACAGUGGGUUCUCUGUGAACAAGUGCAUCCUGGGGGCUGUUAUUCUGUUAGGACUUGGCACCAUCUUUUUCUCAGGAAUCUUCAUGGAUCUGGAUGAGGAGAGUGACUAUGUUACAAGGGAGCUGAAAGAAGCAGAGGCAGCAGGAAUGCAGGACUGGCUUCAUCACGAGACUCCUCCUCCCCAAGUAGACGCUGACAAUUCAGAACUCUUAAAUAAGUUGUCCAAAGGGAGCGAGCAGGUAUCUGUGCUACAGGCCCAACUUCAGGCACAGAAAGAAGAGCUGAAAGUAUCCACUGGACAGUCAGCAGAAGAAGCACAGCAGCGGCAGCGCUGGGAUGAAUUGGAAAAGGAAAACAGUAGGUUGAAGACAGAGAUGGCCUCCCUCCCUUUCCUUCAGAAAGAGAACGACAGAAUGAAGAGAGAGCUGGAGUCCGUCCCCGCAUUACAGAAAGAACUAGAAACACUGAGAUCCACUGUGACUGAAUUAAAACUCUCCUCAGCAGCCCCUCGUGCAGCUCAAGCAUCCGAAAAGCCCUCAACGUCGCCCCCCACUGGCAAACCAGGAGACAGCAGACAGGACACAGCCGGAUCCCCAGAGAAUCAGGCCAGGAAGUCAUGGGACGACCGGAGGGAGAAGAAAGGUCCCACGAGGGACAAAUCUGAAAUGACCAACAAGAAAUAUAGCUCAGAGAUGGAAAAAAAUGUGUGGAAGGAGGGAGGGAAAAAGGAGGUAAAAGAUGCAGGUAAAAGGGAGUGGAAGAAGGACAAGUCUGAACAAGGCAAGGAGAAAACUAAGGAAGGUGGGGGGAAAAGGCACGCUGAUGAGACUAAACAAUGGCAGGGGAAAGACGGGAGGAAAGAGAGAGGUGAUAGAGGUGAUGAUGGAAAGUCUUGGAAAGUUAAGGAAAGCAAGAACAAUUUGAAACAAAAGAGUGAGAAAAAAGAAAUAAAGGAAGAAAAAGACAAGAAAAAGGGAAAGCAUGAGAAAAUGAAAGAACAUCAACAGAGGGGUAAAGAGGAUAAAAAGAACUGGCAGAAAGGAAAGGAUCAGGGUGAGAGGCACCAGGGCAGGGAGGAAUGGAAGGGAGAGAAAGAAUGGAAGAAAGGCAGAGAUGUGCAAAAGGAAGGUGGCAAAGAGAAGUGGGAUAGGAAAGGUUUAAAAGCAAAAGGAGAUGUGAAAGACUGGAAAAAUAAUAACGAGUGGAAGCAUAAAAAUGACAAAGAUCGUGGUAAAGAAGGAAAAGGAAAGGGUGAAAGGAAGAACUGGGAAGAUGGCACACAUGGUAAAGAAAGGAUGGAGAAUGGGAAUGGUGAGAGAAAACAGUGGAAAAGCUAUGACUCCAAGAGCAAAAAUGAAAAACAGGAUAAGGACUGGAAGAGGAAGGAAGACAAGUGGGAUCCGUGGAAAAAGGAAGAGGAGGACUGGAAGAAAGGAGAACGGAAAGAGAAAAGUCAUAAUAGUGACAGGAAAAAGGACAAAUCACACGCUCAGAAAAACAAAGAUGAGCACAAAUUGGGAGGUCAUCAAGAUCACCUGUACGGAGACCGACACCCCCCUCACACACACCACAGACUCUCUAUGGACCAACCUGAGUACUGGCUCCGGCAGAGAGAGCGUCUCCGGCGGGAUCCUGGACCCCUGCGGCCCUGCAACUCCCUGGACACCUGCGCUCAGGCCGAGCGCCUGCUGACCGUUUCUUUACCCGAGUUUGAUGCCAUCCUUCAAACCUACCUGUCCAAGGCUGCAGAAGCAGGCGUGGACGUCUCCAAAAGAGAGGAACUCAAAAAGCUUGCUGCUGAGUUCUUCCAUGAUGGAGUGUUUGUGCAUGACAAGAUGAGCUUUCACGACUUUGUUGAAGAUGUGGAAGAUAUUUUGGAAGACAUGGUGGAAGGGGAUGACGAGGAAGAAGAAGAUAGUGAUUUAGAAGACGAGAUGGAAGAGUUUGAAAAGGAAGUCAUGAAAAAAUUCUCAAUGCCAGGAGCAAAAGGCAAAGAGGAAAGAGUCAAAGGGGAAUGGAGGAAGGAGAGUGGAGCAGGACGUGGCUGAUAACGUGAUAGAAUUGCAGUAUCAGUCGAAAUCAGAUGAGGGCAAGUCAGAGGAGAGGACAGCUCACUGAGAGGGAACAUCUUUUUGCUUACACACAAUUGCUCAAAAGUUUUCAUUUAUCGGCCGACCAUCCUUCUGCAGGAUGCCUUAUCUUACCGUACCACUUCUGUCUGUUUUCUGUGUGAUUACACUGUUGAGUUUAGCCAGUGUACACCUAAGUACAAAGUCAGAAAGGAAGGCCUCGUAACCGUGUUAACUUUUUUUUUUUUUUUAUAUACUUUUUUUUUGUAUAUAUAUAUUUGCUCAGUUUCAUGUCCACUCCAGAGAAAACCUUGUAAAAUGUUACACAUCUUUUUUUCAUGUUAGAGUAACUUCAGGUAAUGUGAAACUCCUUUGGUGUGAAAGAAAUGUUUCUGCUCAAGAAAUAUGCGCUGUGCUCUUCUGUGUACAGGAGAUUAAACCCACUGGACUGAGUAGGACGUUUUGACUGUCAUUUCCUCUCUGUAUAGACUUCUACAAACACCACUCUGCACUGUUAAUGUCUACAGACUUCUACAAACACCACUCUGCACUGUUAAUGUCUACUACCUGCUCACUGGGUGGCCCUGAUCCUGCAGUCUGUGACUUUUUUUUUUUUUUUAAUAAUCCUACAUCUUGAUGUCAGAUUAUCUGCAACAGCUUGAUAACAAACUGUAUUUAAAGAUAAUUUAGACUGAGACUGCUUUAAGAUAUUUAGUUAAUGGUUCAGGUGAUAAUAAAGAUGUUUGCACUGGUUUCAUUUAAUUGUCUGCACAUACUGAAUCUAGAACUUUAAAACAAACUAGCUGUAAUUUAGAAAUUCAUAAUUGAGUUAAAAAUGAGCUGUUGGUCCAUAAGAUAUUGACAUGUUGAGCAUGUAUUAUUUUUUUGUUAUUUCAUGCACAUAGCGCUUUUUUUGUGCACCCAAAAGUCCUUAAUAAUUGUUUUUCCAUGCCUGUAGCACUUGUUUAUAUUUAUUACAUUGUCCUGAUACCUGCUGUUGAACUGCGGCGUGAAUGCUUGAAUUGUCUGCAGCAGUGUGUUAAAGCUAAACCACUUUGUGCUAGCACAGAGAAUCUUGAAUGUUAGGAUGUUUGUGUUUGCUCCUGGUACUGUCACUUAAUAAUAAUAAAUUGAAUGCCUCCC